CGUGUCCAGACGGCCAGACCACUGGUCCUGACAGAAGACUCUUCUUGAUCUUCUUCUUCAGUUCUUGACUAAAUCAUAAUUACUUUUUACUGACUGAUAGUUGACGGUGAUAUGCCUUCAUGUGUCGUAUGUUACGAAGAAAACUUUCACAUCGUAGAUGGAUUAUACUAUUGUACAAAUUGUGGAACACAGUCAGAAGAUGUUCGAGAGGAGAUACAUGACAUGGACCAGGAAAUGAUAGAUGGCAGACUGGAAAUCAAAAAGAAGUCAGUCAAAGUUUCUGACAGAAUACAAAAGGAUUUGGGAAAGCCAUGGUUUUCGCUUGAAGGUUAUCAAGUGCUAUUAAAAGCACAAAUAAAUUUUUUGAUGAAUCUUGGCGUAGAUUCCAAUUUGAAGGAUAUAGUUGGACAAAUGUGGUUUUCUUUUGUGGAAAAGUCAACCAAUGCUUUUGGCACACAUAAUAAAGGAGACUCUUCUCACCACAUUAGAGCACGAGAUAACAUAAAGGAUUUUGUUCCAAUAAACUCAAUUCCACGUAAGCUACGCUUUGGAAAACAGUGUGAUGAGGAAGCAUUAGAGCUAAGUUCAGAGAUAGCUCGUGAAGAAUUGUAUGAAGCAAGAAUUUUUGAGGACAAAGAAAAUGAUGUUGAUAAUGAGAGUCACAUUGGAUCAGUUGAUCAAAGUCGCUAUUAUCCCUCUACUCAUGACUAUAGAGUGAUGACAGUACAGCAUACAAUGGUAUUUUGUUUCCUUGGAUUGCAAUGGUUACAGGAACCUAUAUGUUUGUCAGAUUUAAUAAGAUGGGCAAUUGAGAAUGAGUUUCCAUAUUUCAAUGCAACUGCCUAUUUCCCGGACUACAUGAAGUUGUCUCAUUGGGAUUCCAUCAUGUUUACAAGAUCAACAAUGCCAAACAAGUCACAUCUUGAAAAUCUUGCAGAAAAAUUAAGGGUGUAUAUCAAUUUACCAAAAAUACCUAAGCAUCCAUUCAACAUCUAUGUUGCACGCUAUGCAUUAGAUCUGCAACUUACACCAUUGAUUCAUCGCCAUGUGUGUAAAGUUGUACAAAUGAUUGAUAAGUAUUUGGAAACCAUAGAUGAAAUCAUUCAUUAUGAUAACAGUGCAAUGGCAUGCCUCAUUAUAUCCCUGAGAUUAAUCUAUGGCUUGGAUGAUGACACUGAAUGUGAACUGUCAAAAGAAGCAACUGAAAUUGAGAACGGUGAAUUGUACUUUCCUUUAUGGAAUGAUGUCAUUGGAAAGAUCUGCUUCAGUCAUCGUCAGUUAGUUGAACGAGGAUUUCCCAGGAACAAGGACGAUCUACGCAUGCUUAAAGACGCUCGUAACUAUGGCGAAUUUUGCCGUGAAAAAUUGUUUGGAUCAUGGAAAGCAGGUACAACAGUGCAUCCAUGCAAACGACAUCUUAAAGGAGGAAGGGGUUUAAACCUGCAAAAACAGGAGGAUUAUGGAAAACUGUUCGACAAACUCUUACAUGAAAAAGAAAAUACAGAGAAGAGUCCUACUAGCUUUCCACUUUUGUCCUGCAUCACCACAACUACACCCACACCCAAGAAAGGAUUGCGUCUUAUCGACAUGCAACGAUUUUACCAAAGACAAAAGGAAAAUAAAGGAACAGUGGGCCCUUUGAGGAAUAAAUAUUCGUUGUACAAAAUUUCUUUGAGAGAUACAUAUUGUUUAAACUAUUGGCAGGACUUGCAACUACCCAAAUCACUAAAACAACUUGUGGAAGUGUGUUCAAAACUGAUAUUUCUUGAGCCCGCGUUGCUCGCGUUUCAAAUGAGGAAAUUUGAAAAUGAGUUUUUUAAUAUUUGGGCAUAA